UGGCGUGCCCUGUGGCCACACUCAGGAAAGCUCUGGAUCCUACCAUUUGGUCUUCAAGUUCCUCCUUGUUUAAUGUGGAAAAUGUCAUCGAUAAAAGCCAGAGGGAAGUAGGGAGGCCUUCCCAGACAACACAACCAGAGCCCACCAAGUUCAGAUUUAAUUCAGCUGUGUGUUUAAAUAUAAUCUAUUGACAUCUCAUCAUCUCUCUCAAAAAUAAAAUCCCCUGGCCUGAGAAAUGCUUACUUCUGGUGCAUGAGAGGAUGUGUGGUUAUUUAAAAAGUCUAUCCUGUCUAGUUGAGGUGCCAGGGAAAGGGGGAGCAGGGAGAGGCUGGACAGCAGCAUACGAGGUGAGUAGAAUGAGGUUUUAUCGAGAUCACUUGGUAGAGAUUCAGAAAUUCAUAGUCUUCUUGUGAGUGGUGUUUGCCUCCUUGAGCCUGGGGCAGGGAGGGGCAUGGGUAGGGUAGAGCCCGGGACACCCACCCCCUUGCACAUACACACUCUAGCUACAUAGAGCUGAUUUAUCUCUUGUUGCUGUAGCUAUUUUUGGCAAUAAUCAAUUCCCUUAAAAUUUUUAUUUUCUACUUUAAAGAAAAAAAGAAUACAGUGAACAGAAAACUCUAAUUACUUAUAUCCCCUGGUGUUCAUGUCUAAUCCUUGCCAAUAUUUAUAUCCAUAGUCAUCAGUGUGAAGCUACUACUUUGUGUUCUAAUUUUUCGCUGUUUUUGUCUUCACAUAUGUAUAUAGUUAAGUUAUAGUCACUGAAAACACCAGAUAGGAGGGAGACAUACCUUUCUAUUUUCAUCAUUGAUAGCUACCAAUUCCUAGCCUCCCUCCUGUUGCAGGUUUUGGAGGGUUAGCCUCAGAUCUCUGCAGGUGUGAAUGGUCCACCCUUGGCCAUCUUUUCCUAGAAAGGUAGAAUGUGAUCUUAGCUAAUCAAAACCAUGUUUCAACUCCCAAACUGUUUCAAGAGUUUGAAAAGCUCAGGGCCAAAAGAAACAAAGCAAACUGGAAGGUCUUGGCUUCUUAUAACUUUUAUAACAGGACAUAAGUUUAAAGUCCAAAAGGGCUCAGAUUUCUACCCCAUGUUUGACGUCUCACACGUUAAUCCAGAGAAGAGCCAAGUGGACUUCCCUGUACCCCGGCCCACAGCAGCGAGAUGAAGGUGCAGCAGCCCCGGCUCAGCCCUCCCCACCGAGGUGCGUGGGGACAGAGACACACACCACAGCAGCAUCAGUAACCUGCGGUUUCUUCCCCCUUCCACCUCUCCUGGAUGCAAGGUGACCCUGCCUGCCCACUGUUGCCAAAUAACAAGUGACUGAGCCACAGGAGUUGCUGGGGAAGUGGCAAGAAGAACGAAUGAGCUCUCAACCCCAUCGAUAUAAAGCUGUGAGGUGAUCCGCAAACCCAGGCACCAAGAACUCAGUUCCAGUCCUUGGCAGAUGGGCAUCGGUACCAUUUACUAACCAAGAUGGAAACCACGCCCUUAAAUUCUCAGAAGGAGGUCUCAGCCUGUAAGGACGGAGAAGAUUGUCAGGAAAACGGAGUUCUACAGAAGGGUGUCCCUGCCCCAGGAGAUAAAGCAGAGUCCGGCCAAAUAUCCAAUGGGUACUCAGCGGUUCCGAGCCCUGGUGCAGGGGAUGACAUGCAGCACUCCAUCCCGGCUGCCACCACCACCCUAGUGGCUGAGGUCCACCAAGGAGAGCGGGAGACCUGGGGCAAAAAGGUGGAUUUCCUCCUUUCAGUCAUUGGCUACGCUGUGGACCUGGGCAACGUCUGGCGCUUUCCCUACAUAUGUUACCAGAACGGAGGGGGGGCGUUCCUCCUCCCCUACACCAUCAUGGCCAUUUUUGGGGGGAUCCCGCUCUUUUACAUGGAGCUUGCGCUGGGGCAGUACCAUCGAAAUGGAUGCAUUUCAAUUUGGAGGAAAAUCUGCCCAAUUUUUAAAGGGAUCGGCUAUACCAUUUGCAUCAUUGCCUUUUACAUUGCCUCCUACUACAACACCAUCAUGGCCUGGGCACUGUACUACCUCUUCUCCUCCUUCACGGACCAGCUGCCCUGGACCAGCUGCAAGAACUCCUGGAACACUGGCAACUGCACCAACUACUUCUCUGAGGGCAACAUCACCUGGACACUCCAUUCCACGUCCCCUGCUGAAGAGUUUUACACGCGCCAUGUCCUGCAGAUCCACCGGUCCAAGGGACUCCAGGACCUGGGGGGCAUCAGCUGGCAGCUUGCCCUCUGCAUCAUGCUGAUCUUCACUAUUAUCUACUUCAGCAUCUGGAAAGGUGUCAAAACAUCUGGCAAGGUGGUGUGGGUGACAGCCACCUUCCCUUACAUCAUCCUUUCUGUCCUGCUGGUGAGGGGGGCCACCCUACCGGGAGCCUGGAGGGGUGUUCUCUUCUACUUGAAACCCAACUGGCAGAAACUCCUGGAGACAGGGGUAUGGGUGGACGCUGCUGCUCAGAUCUUCUUCUCUCUUGGUCCGGGCUUUGGGGUCCUACUGGCUUUUGCUAGCUACAACAAAUUCCACAACAACUGUUACCAAGAUGCCCUGGUGACCAGUGUGGUGAACUGCAUGACAAGCUUCGUUUCGGGAUUUGUCAUCUUCACGGUGCUGGGGUACAUGGCUGAGAUGAGGAACGAAGAUGUGUCUGAGGUGGCCAAAGAUGCAGGCCCCAGCCUCCUCUUCAUCACAUAUGCGGAAGCUAUAGCCAACAUGCCAGCAUCCACGUUCUUUGCCAUCAUCUUCUUCCUGAUGUUAAUCACACUGGGCUUGGACAGCACAUUUGCAGGCUUAGAGGGCGUGAUCACGGCUGUGUUGGAUGAAUUCCCACAUAUCUGGGCCAAACGCCGGGAGUGGUUUGUACUCGCUGUGGUCAUUACCUGCUUCUUCGGAUCCCUGAUCACCCUGACUUUUGGCGGGGCCUACGUGGUGAAGCUGCUGGAGGAGUAUGCCACAGGGCCUGCCGUGCUUACUGUCGUACUUAUAGAAGCCGUUGCUGUGUCUUGGUUCUAUGGCAUCACUCAGUUCUGCAGUGACGUGAAGGAAAUGCUUGGCUUCAGCCCUGGAUGGUUUUGGAGGAUCUGCUGGGUAGCCAUCAGCCCUGUGUUUCUCCUGUUCAUCCUUUGCAGUUUUUUGAUGAGCCCACCACAGCUACGACUUUUCCAUUACAAUUAUCCCCACUGGACUGUCAUCCUGGGGUACUGCAUAGGAACUUCAUCUUUCAUCUGUAUCCCCACAUACAUAACUUAUCGGCUGAUCAUCACUCCAGGGACAUUUAAGGAGCGCAUUAUCAAAAGUAUCACUCCAGAAACACCAACAGAAAUUCCGUGUGGGGACAUCCGCUUGAAUGUUGUGUAACACACUUCAAUGAGAGGCAAAAGGCUUCCCAACAACCUCUUCCUUCAGUUCUGACAAGUCAUGCCUCGCCUCUCCCCUCUAAGUGAAUGAGUUUCCAGCUAAGCCUGACAAUGGAAGGGUCUUCUCCACAGAUGCACAGUCCCAAGAAACUACGGUGCCCGAACUCAUGGCCUCCAGCCACUCCUUUCCAUGAAAUCGCCUGGACAUACUCCCACGUUAGACUGUGCCACAGCUGAACUGGCCUAUUUUGGAUGUGUGAGGGUGUGUGUGGAGGUGAUAAAAACCACCCUAUCAUCAGUUAGGAGUAGGUUUAAAAUCAAGUCUGUGAAAGUCUCCUGUAUCAUUUCUUGGUAUCUGACAUCUGUUUCUAAAGGUUUCACUGUUCAUGGAUGCAUAAACCACGUAGGAGAAAACAGGGAUGAUGUCUUGCUAGCCAUAUAUUUUUCGAGUAGCAUAGAAUUCUAUAGCUGGAAUCUACUAGAACCCUCUAACCUGUGUGCUGCUGUGGAGUCAGGAAAGGAAGAUGUAAGAAGCUAAACUGAAAAAUAACGUGUACAUGUGAGCAUAUGUGUGUAUAUAUUGCUGUUUCAGUGUAUUCUUGUCUCUAUGCCAAUACGUUGGGCCCAUUAUAAACUAUGAAUUCCCUCUAAUUUUUCUUACAUUAACAAAUUCUACCUACUCAAAUGUGUAUGUAUGUUAUUGUUUGAGGGAUACAAUUCCUACAACAUGCUCUGCCACCUUUUCCUUUUCCAGUGACACUACUUUAGCCCACACACCUUCCUUUAUGGGCCAGCCUUUGGCAUUUGCUGCACUUCAUUGCCAUCUUCCUGUCUCUCUCUGUUAAACAUUAAGGAUAAUGUUCCACAGGCCAAUCUGGCCUAUUUUGUUAGUCACUGUGGCUUGGCUGUAAACUACAUCGAAGAUGGAUUUUGACAUGUGCACCUUCAGUGUUCAGCUGGCCAUCUGGUUUAAGCUCUGUCUACUUCAAACGACUGAGUUUGUUCUGGUUAUUUUGCUUUGUAAAGGGAGGGUAAAUCCGAUUCUCACUUAGCCUGAGGUUAUAUAGCUCUGGCACCCUAACCUAAACCAAAGGCAUCCUCAAUCCAUGAGCAAUUGGAGAGUCUGGGUUAGCCUUAAAAUGGACUUUCCCCUCUGCCUUGACCCUUGCCAGUGGUCAUGAUUGUGAGCCCCCCCAGAUAAUUUUCAAGACUGAGUCUACGUAAGGUCAUUUGGGAAAUGGUCAGCUAAGUGAAUGAACUUUCAUUCCAUAUAAAGCACCUAAUACAGAUAACUUGGCUUUUGGUGGCUUGUGACUCUCAGAUACAUAGGUAGAGAAGCAAAUAUUACCUUGUGGUGUGGGAUUUCCUUAUCAAAAUCUUGACGGGAAUAAAGCUUUAUCAGUGACAAAAGGACUUACCCAUCUGGCCUCGCAUAUCACUUCAGUUCUCCAUAUAAAGCAAAUUUAAUUCCAACAACCUUAUAAAAAGAAGGUCCAUAUAGCAGAGGAAUGGUUUUAUCCAAUUAUGGAUCUUCCUCCCUUGACUUCCUUGGCCAUCUUCCUGAUUCUCCCUACACCUUUCUAUUUCUGAUUCUUUGCUUUUCCUAGCAAGAUAUUUUCCUUAUACGUAGAUGUUAGCUGCUGAGAAGACUCCCAAGAUGUUAGAGGAAAAGAAGGGAAUGAAAAAUGUCCUUUGCUGACCUACCUUCAUUAUCUUCACUCUUUCAUCCCUUCCUGCUGCCUCGUUUCCCUUCUCUUUGCUCUCUAGCAUGCUGAAAAGAGAGAAGAUACGUUAGUGCCAGUGUAUUCAGUGGUCAAUAGCUUUGCAAAUUUUAAGAACCUGCUUUGUAAAGAUAUCUAGAUAGGGAUUCUCCCCACCUCACACACACUUAGACACUGUCCAAAGAUACCACU